GUCAUCCUGGGUUCGGGGAGCCUGCCAGUGCUGGAGAAAAAGGGGGACAUCGUCUUAGGGGGGCUCUUCUCCCUUCACGAUAUGGUGGUGGAGCCAAGUCUGACCUUCACCUCCAAGCUCCCUUUAACGCAAUGCACCAGGUUUAACUUCAGGACAUUUCGCUGGAUGCAGACUAUGAUAUUUGCUAUUGAGGAGAUCAACAGGGAGGGCAAACUUCUUCCUAACGUCUCUCUUGGAUAUAAGAUUUAUGACUCUUGCAGUACCCCCCACCAGGCUCUGAAGGCCGCCAUGGAGCUUAUGAGCAGUGAGAAUGCCGGAGGGGAGCGGCAGGGUCAAGGCAUUUGCAGGGGGACAGUGUCUGCUGUGAUAGGGGAUGGAGGCUCCACCCAGUCCUUAGUCGUGGCCCGCUUCUUGGGUGUCUUCCAUGUGCCACAGGUGAGUUACUUUUCUAGUUGUGCUUGUCUGAGUGACAAAAAGGAGUUUCCUGCUUUCCUAAGGACCAUGCCCAGUGAUUUCUUCCAGGUUGAUGCACUUGUCCAACUGGUAAAACAUUUUGGCUGGACUUGGGUGGGAGUGAUUGCAGGUGAUGAUGCAUAUGGCCGUAAUGGUGCAAACAUCUUUGCUGAUGAGGUUCAAAAAUUAGGCACAUGCGUUGCCCUCCAUGAAGUCAUCCCCAAGAACCGAGCACAGAAGGCAAUUUCAGCCAUUAUCUCCAAUAUCCGCUCCUCCGGGGCACGUGUGGUCCUUGUGUUUGCUGUGGAACAGGAUGCAGCGGCGCUUUUCGAUGAAGUUCUCAGGGAAGGUCUCAACGGGAUACAGUGGCUCGCCAGCGAGGCUUGGAGUACAGCGGCUGUCCUAUCCACGCCCAAAAAGUACCACGCAGUCCUCCAGGGCUCCAUGGGCUUCGCCAUCCGUCGAGUGCACAUUCCUGGACUGCAGGACUUCCUGCUUCGUCUGCAUCCAUCUAGCCCCGGUGCUAGUGAGGACCCUUUUCUGAUACCGUUUUGGGAAGAAGUUUUCCAAUGCAGCCUUGGAAAGGGAAGUGUUCAGCCGCCGUGCACUGGGAAAGAAGAUCUGAAAAAUGUGGAAAAUAUCUACUCGGAUGUGUCCCAACUGAGAAUCUCCUACAAUGUUUAUAAAGCAGUGUACGCUAUUGUUUAUGCGCUGAGAAGUUUGGGCGGCUGUGAGGAUGGGAAAGGCCCUUUUGCUCAACAAGCAUGUCCAGAUGCUUAUAACAUACAGCCAUGGCAGCUGCUCCACUACAUAAAACAAGUGGAGUACAUCACCUCGUUUGGGGAUGAAAUCACAUUUGACAGAAAUGGCGAUCCGGCAGCUGCCUACGACCUGGUCAACUGGCAGUUGAGUCCAAGCGAAGGGAUAAAGUUUGUCACCAUCGGAAAGUUUGAUGAGAGUGUCUCCAACAGACAACAGACGCUUCAAAUCCAAAGCGAGGAUGUCGUGUGGAACGGCAACCAGACCCAGGUCCCACUUUCAGUUUGCAGCAAAAUUUGCCCUCCAGGCACCCGCAAGGCCAUCCGACCUAACUUCCCUAUCUGCUGCCAUGAUUGCGUGGUGUGUACAGCAGGGGAGAUUAGCAAUCAGACCGAUGCAAUAGAGUGUGUGCGUUGCCUGCCUGAGUUCUGGUCCAAUCGUGACAGGACGGCCUGCAUUCUCAAACAGAUGGAGUUCCUGUCAUUCAGCGACACCAUGGGCAUCACGCUGAUGGCGAUAUCCCUCAUGGGCUCCUUCUGCACCUGCGCCGUGGUUUUUGUUUUCUCCUACCACAGGACCACACCCGUGGUCAGGGCCAACAAUUCCAUGCUGAGCUUCCUGCUGCUAUUCUCUUUAACUUUGUGUUUCCUGUGCUCACUCACAUUCAUCGGUCGACCAUCCCAAUGGUCGUGCAUGUUCCGCCGCACGGCUUUUGGCAUCACCUUCGUGCUUUGCAUCUCUUGUAUCUUAGGGAAGACCAUAGUGGUUCUUAUGGCCUUCAAGGCUACACUUCCUGGUAGUACAGUCAUGAAGUGGUUUGGGCCGGCACAGCAAAAAGCCAUCAUUAGCCUUUGCACACUAGUACAGGUGAUAAUUUGCACAGUAUGGCUGACCGUGGCUCCCCCGACCCCUCGCAAGCUGAUUCCCCGCGAGAGCGCCAUCGUAAUUCUGUUGUGUGACGAGGGCUCUCCGGUGGCCUUUAGUUUGGUCCUGGGCUACAUCGGUCUGUUGGCAUGCCUCUGCCUGUUGUUGGCCUUCCUGGCUCGGAAGCUGCCAGACAAUUUCAACGAAGCACGCCUUAUCACCUUCAGCAUGCUGAUUUUCUGCGCCGUGUGGGUCGCCUUCAUUCCUGCAUACAUCAGCUCCCCAGGAAAGUACUCUACAGUCACGGAAGUGUUUGCCAUCCUUGCCUCCAGCUAUGGCCUGCUGGGCUGCAUCUUUGCACCAAAGUGCUACUUAAUUCUAUUUAGGCCCGAAAAAAACACCAGGAAACAUCUCAUGUCCAGAAUGGACAAGUUUUAG